CCCGCGGGCCCCAAGGAGGCGGAGGACGGGCAGGGCGCGUGCGCGGGCCCGGGCCCAGCUACCAUGACGGAGGAGUCUGAGGAAACGGUCCUCUACAUCGAACAUCGCUAUGUCUGCUCUGAGUGUAACCAGCUCUUUGGCUCCCUGGAGGACGUGCUGCUGCACCAGAACUCGCAUCUCCCUCAGCAGCACUUUGAGGUGGUGGGUGUGGCUGACCCUGGGGUCUCUGUGGCUGCAGAAGCUCCCAGUGGCUCUGGCCUCUACCAGACUUUGGUGCAGGAGAGCCAGUACCAGUGCCUGGAAUGCGGGCAGCUCCUCUUAUCCCCAGGCCAGCUCCUCGAGCACCAGGAGAUGCACCUCAAGCUGCUGAGCACCCAGGAGCCAGCCCCCCCAGAGACACCCCCAGCCAAGCCACCCCCCGCUAUCUCUGCCAGCACCAUUCACUAUGAGUGUGUGGACUGCAAGGCACUCUUUGCAAGGCAGGAGCUGUGGCUGAGCCAUCGCCAGACGCACCUCCGGGCCGUGGCAGCCGUUGCAGCUGCGGCCACCUCCCCUCCCCAGCCUUCACCACCCCCAGCUGUGGGGCCCCAGCUGGGCCAAGCCCAGGUGGCCCUGGAGCACUCCUAUCGCAAGUCAGAGGAGGCCGGGGACGCCGCCGGCCCCGCGGGGGCUGGGGAGGUGGUGGCCGAGGUCGAGCUGCUCCUUUACAAGUGUUCUGAGUGCUCCCAGCUCUUCCACUUGCCCGGCGACUUCCUGGAGCACCAGGCCACUCACUUUGGUCCAUUGGCCCCCGGCCCCGAGACCGCUGGGGCCCCUGACCUGCCCCCGACCUCUGACCACAGCUAUGAGCUUCGCAAUGGUGGUGAGGGUGCGGGCAGCGGGACCGGGCGGGAGCGCAGGGGCAGUCGGCGGCUGCUGCGACGAGGUAGCGGAGAUCCCCCGGGGGUGGCCUCCCCGGAGCUCUUCUGCCCCACCUGUGACCAGCUCUUCCUCUCCCCACAUCAGCUGCAGCAGCAUCUGCGCAGCCACCGCGAGGGGCUCUUCAAGUGCCCUCUCUGUAGCCGCACCUUCCCCAGCCCGCCCAGCCUGGACCAGCACCUGGGCGAGCACAGCGGCGAGUCCCACUUCCUGUGUGUGGACUGCGGCCUGGCCUUCGGCACAGAGGCCCUCCUCCUGGCACACCGCCGCACCCACACCCCCAACCCGCUGCACUCAUGCCCCUGUGGCAAGACCUUUGUCAACCUCACCAAGUUCCUUUACCACCGGCGCACGCAUGGUGCGGGGGGCGUCCCCAUCCCUGCCCCUACCCCGGCAGCGCCCUCUGAGGAUCCCGAACCAGUGCCCACGGAGGCGGGAGGGGCCCCAGGGGCUGCGGCCCCUCCCGCUGGCCUCCCCACGGUAGCGGGGAAUCACCGCUGCCUCCUGUGUAGCCGGGAGUUCAGCAAGGCCCUGCAGCUUGCCCGCCACCAGCGCUUUGUGCAUCGGCUGGAGAGGCGACAUAAGUGUGGCGUCUGUGGCAAAAUGUUCAAGAAGAAGUCGCAUGUGCGUAACCACCUGCGCACCCACACGGGCGAGCGGCCCUUCCCCUGCCCUGACUGCGCCAAGCCCUUCAACUCGCCCGCCAACCUGGCGCGGCACCGGCUCACGCACACCGGGGAACGCCCCUACCGCUGCGGUGACUGCGGCAAGGCCUUCACGCAGAGCUCCACGCUGCGCCAGCAUCGCCUCGUGCACGCCCAGCACUUCCCCUACCGCUGCCAGGAGUGUGGCGUGCGCUUCCACCGCCCCUACCGCCUGCUCAUGCACCGCUACCACCACACCGGUGAGUACCCGUACAAGUGCCGCGACUGCCCGCGCUCCUUCCUCCUGCGCCGCCUGCUCGAGGUGCACCAGCUGGUGGCCCACGCAGGGCGCCAGCCUCACCGCUGCACGGCCUGUGGCGCAGCCUUCCCCUCGUCACUGCGCCUGUGCGAGCACCGCUGUGCCGCGGCCCAGGCCCAGGCCCCCCGGCGUUUCGAGUGCGCCACCUGUGGCAAAAAAGUGGGUUCUGCUGCCCGGCUCCAGGCCCACGAAGCUGCCCACGCCGCGGCCGGGCCAGGGGAGGUCCUGGCCAAGGAGGCGGCCGCACCCCGACUGCCUCGGGCCGCGCGCCCCCCACCCCCUGCGUCCUUGCCUGCCCCCUCUCCCACCACAGCCCCUCCAGUCCCUGCCCGGCGACGGGGGCUAGAGUGUAGUGAGUGUAAGAAGCUCUUCAGCACGGAGACAUCGCUGCAGGUGCAUCGGCGCAUCCACACAGGGGAGAGGCCUUAUCCGUGCCCGGACUGCGGCAAGGCCUUCCGCCAGAGCACUCACCUUAAAGACCACCGGCGCCUGCACACUGGGGAGAGGCCCUUCGCCUGUGAGGUAUGCGGCAAGGCCUUCACCAUUGCCAUGCGCCUCGCCGAGCACCGCCGCAUCCACACCGGCGAGAGGCCCUAUGCCUGCCCUGACUGUGGCAAGAGCUACCGCUCCUUCUCCAACCUCUGGAAACACCGCAAGACCCACCAGCAACAGCACCAGGCGGCCGUCCGCCAGCAGCUGGCCGAGGCAGCGGCCGAGGCAGCAGCCACCCUCACAGUGGUGGAGACGGCAGUUGAGGGUCUGCCCUUGGUAGAAACCAUUGAGAUCUACCCACUGGCGGAAGGCGACGGGGUGCAGAUCAGCGGGUGAACCCAGCGCCUCGCACGUGGGUCCCUGAUACAGUGUCAUUGUCCCCACCCGGCCUGGCUGUGACCAGUCGGGGCUCUUGCUCCGUGAAGUCGGUUUGGGCAGGAGGCCGCCCUGUCCUCUGUACAUACCGCAUCCUCUCCUCUCCCGUCUUUGGUGUUAGUUCAGAGUAACUGGAUUUUUCUCUCAUCACGGUUAAGUCCUCCCUGUCCCAGGGUCCCUGCUAUUCCCAUUUGCCCUCUGCCCUAACAGAGCAGUUCCCAACCCUGGGCCAAGGCAGCCAAUAAAGACUGAGUUGGACACA